CAGAGUACAGUCUCAGUCUCAGUGCCUGGGGCUCGUGUGGUCUAACCGGAAGUGCGCGCGCGCACGUUCAUCGGCAAGAUGGUGGCCACCAGGAGAGGAACACGCGUGAGCUUACCAGCGAAAAACACAAACGAUGAAGCCCCAGCGACACCGGUAUCUAUCACCAGAAGAACGAGACAUAGAAUAGUGUUGGUGACAACGCAGUCCCAAUCCGAACAGACCAGUGACUCCCAGCAGGAUGAAGCAGAAGAGCAGAACAUAGCCCCAGCUGAACCAGCAAGUUCACCAAAAAGGGAAACUAGAGGUUCUAAAUGUCGUCCCACAGCCAAACUGCCGGAAUCCACACAUGAAGCAGAUGUAUCUGAAUCCGAAUCUUGCUGUUCUGUGGCCUCAGAUAUCCAGUUGACCACUCGAAGCAGAAGGAAAGCAACAGUCCGAGUGAAACCUACAACUGGUUAUGAACAGGAUGCAUCUAAAGCUGAAUCUAGUUCUUCAUCAUUGGGUAAAACGCCACGCAGAUCCACAAGAGGUCAGAAGAAACCUGUUCCUGUUUUAGAGUCCGUCAUUUCACAGGAAGAUGAGCACUCGGAGGCUGAGUCCUGCAGCUCUGCGGCAUCUCUUUCCACAAGGGUCACGAGGAGCUGCAGGAAGCCUGCUGUUCCUGAAGGCGCAGCUCACUCCGAGGCUGAUUCUUGCUCGUCUGUAGUUUCUGGCCCACAGGGAUCCACUGUCCGUAGGUCCACACGCAUCAGAGUGAAGGUCACCGAGCCGAUCCCCAUCCACUUGGAGCAAAGCGAAACUGCAGAGGCUUCUGCUGCUCUUGAGCCAAGGGGGCGCAGAGGCAAAGCAAAGUCUGUUGAGAAAGACCAGGCAUAUGAUUCUGAGGGAUGCCAGUCUGGUCCUAGCUUGAGUCCUAGAAGAUCCACUCGUAGUCAGGUAGCUGAUACUGAUGCAGAAUCAAUAUCGACUGCGUACACAUCUCUUGAUAGUCCUUGUUCUACACGGGACAGGGGAACCCCUUGUAGUAGCCGAACUGGCUCAGCUAGCAGCAACCGGGCUGUUCGAGUUUCUAGAUCGAGAAGUGUUAGGGUGACGUUAGAUGUGAUUAAUAUGCCUUCAUUGGCCUCCAGAAGUGUCACAAAGGACAGUGAAGAAAAUGAACCUGAGAUGGAUCAGGCUGAUACUACAGAGGAUAUUCCUUGCCCAUCUCUAAAUGCAUCAAAGUCUGACAUGGAGGAUGUAGAGGAGAUGGAGGAGGAUGCAAAUAAUAAAACAAUUAUUGCUGGAGAUCAACAAUGUUCCAUUGCUGAGGUGAAUAAUUGGGAUCUUAUUCUAACCAUUGAUGAGGAUGAAGUGGUUAAACCUGAGAGCAGGCAAGACAUUUCUUCUGAGACUGAGAAGAAUGUUGAGGAAUGUCAGAAGAUUGCAGAUGAGACCAUGGAAACACAUGAGGCUGGCUCUGUGCAGGAAGUCCAAGUCAUGGAAGAUGAAUCAAGUUCCAUGUCAAUGACGCCCCAAAAGAGUGUCACGGGGUCUGAAGAGGAUCAGGCAAACCUCACAACAGGACCUGAUACUGAAGUCCAGCAAAGUUCUGAUUCAGCCGAACAUGACAAGAAUUUAAAAAUACUUGGUGAACCUGAGGAAAAAGUGGAAGCAACCAAGGAGAUGGCAGACAUGGCGGCUGGUGAAGGCGCCAUUACAGUUGACCACAGACCUUCAGAGGAAGGUGUGAUGGAAAACACGUCUAAUCAGGAAGGAUCUUCAUCAAGCUCAGAAGCAUCUAAGGUGAGUAUCGAGAAGACCAAGCCUGUGAAGGGAUGUGUCAGCUUGCUGGACAGCAGUGAGGAUGAGGAGAGCGAUGAUGAUGAAGAUGAUGAUGGAUUCUCAGUGGAUGUAGAUAACGACGAGGCUGUGGACUUGGAAAGUGAGGAUAAAAUGUGCUCUUCUGAGGAUCAGCCAGGUCCUUCUGCUGCACCAGACUCACUCACGGGUAACGGGCUAUUUGUUAUCGACGCGCGUCCUGGGUGGCCGCCCCGUCAGAAGUACUACAUUAAUACUACAGAGAAUGAAGAUGAUGACAAUGUCGAGGACUCCAAAGCAGCUGAGGAUGAAGAUUUUAUUGACGAGGAGGCAGAUGAUGAUGAGGAGGAGGAUGAAGACUCAAAAGUACUCUUCGCUACUAGGAAUCCAGCACUGAAUGAAUUAUCCAGUUCUAUUGACCCAGGGUUGAAAGUAAAGGCUCUUGGUGGAUUAUAUAUCAACUUUGAUGGCAGCAAAUCCAAAUCUGUCUCUGACAACCUGAAAAAGCUGAAAGAUCAGAAGAAUCAGGAUGAGUUGCUGAAGAAGAGUGUGAUUGUUGCAGACUUUGAAAAGAAAGACACUGUGCCACCAUACAAAGAAUCCAGACAUGCUGCUAAAUUAAAGCGCAGGGAGGAGAGAGCUAAGACCACAGGGGAUGGCUGGUUCAACAUGAGAGCUCCUGAAUUAACAGAGGACCUGAAAAAUGAUCUCAAGGCUCUAAAGAUGCGUUCAGCCAUGGACCCAAAGCGCUUUUACAAGAAGAAUGACAGAGAAGGAUUUCCCAAAUACUUUCAAGUUGGAACAGUGGUUGAUAACCCCAUAGACUUCUACCAUUCCCGAAUUCCUAAGAAAGAGAGGAAGAGGACUAUUGUGGAAGAAUUGCUUGCUGAUGCAGAGUUCAGAAGUUUUAACAAAAGGAAGUACAGAGAGAUCAUGGCAGAAAAAGCAGCAGCAGCAGCUGGAAAGAUGAACAAAAAGAAGUAUAAAUUGAAUAAAAAUAAAUAAUGUGAGCUACAGUCCUUUUACCUUUUACACGUGUGGUGUUUAUGUAAAUACCAGGAAGAUUGUCGCAGCUCAUGUGAGCUUAGGUACAGUCUUUAUUGUGUAGGACAGUUUUUUAAAUGUAAUAAAUUUUAUUUGAGAGUGUUUUAUCAUUUUAAUACUUUACACAAUUUAUGUAUUACAUACUUUUUUAGUAAAGUGUAAAGAAAACUGUAAAAACAGAACUAAGCAAGGUUAAACACAUUAGUAGCUUUGUCUUUUUUUUUCAUUUUUUUCCUGACUGAAGAAGCUUGACUUUUGCCACCAGUUUGGAGGAUUCGACAACAUGACAGUUCUCAUUUAAGACCUCUCGCAGACUGAUCAACAAUAAAUCAUGUAAACCAGC